AUGAAAGAUGCGAAGUCCGUUGCGACCACGGGUCCAGUUGCUACAAAUAAGAAAGCGCGAUACGAUUAUCACUUGAUGGAUCGUUUCGAGGCUGGGAUGGUGCUUCAGGGAACGGAAGUCAAGGCGAUUCGUGCUGGCAGGAUGAAUUUGACCGAUAGCUACGCUCGUGUUGACGGAGGAGAGGUCUUUUUGAUUGAUGCCCAUAUCGGUCCUUACGAGCAAGGCAAUCGUGAGAAUCAUGAGCCGAAGCGGAAGCGGAAGCUCCUGUUGAACCGUCGAGAGAUUAAGCAGCUCGAAGGGAAAACUCGAUCUACCGGCAUGACGAUUGUUCCGACGAAGGCUUAUUUCAGUAACGGCAAGGUAAAGGUCGAAAUUGCGAUGGCGCGUGGUAAGCACGACUAUGAUAAACGCGAGGAUAUGCGGAGGGAAGUAGAUCGACGGGCAAUCCAAUCGUAUCUUCGGUAG